AAAAAUGCAGUCUAUUGGUAAUUUAAAAUUCUAGUUGUUUUUCAACAAUCGGUCACAAUUUAGGAGUUACGUGGGAACAUAUUAAUUAAAGUUUAGCCCAACCGAGUCUAGAGCUGGUUCAUUACGCAUUAAAGGUUAUUGAAUCCAUUGAAGUCUCUAUAUAUGUUUAUAACUUCAAAGGAGUCUGAAAGGUUGAAAAGUGCCCUGAAAAACAAAUGGAAAGAUGGAGGAUGAUUAAUUGUAUCAACCUUAUCGGUCAACCUGGAACGGGGAAUAACCUUUUCUUCAUCUUUUCCCACUCUUAUUUGCCAUCAUCAACAUCACCGAUCAUAGAGAAAUGGUUACUCUUAUCUUCAUCACUUUCCAUCUCAACCUUGUUAACCUGAAGACCCUCUAGUUAAAGCUAAAAUAAGGUUGACUGGCCAUUAGCACACAAAUUGACUGGACAAGCCCAUCUUCAAACCGUCAUCUUCUCGUCUCAACUUUAACUUGUUUAACCAGUAAAAUAUUGCCUUCUCUCUUCCACUCUUACUCAUAAUCCACUCACUCUCAUCUUAUAGAAAUCACUUUCUCUCUCGAACUCAAAGUCUCAUGUAAGCUUUUCUCUAAUUCACAGAAUCUUGAGACUUGAGAAUUUUUAGUUCUAAUUCUCGUUUCUUUUCAACUAACAUUGUGAUUCCCACUAAUCAACAUUAUGAUUAUAUUAUUAAUCAAUUUGCUUCUUUUAUGCUCAACAACUGUCCAUUCUUACAUUACUUGGAUUGAAGCUCGAGUUCCUCUUCAGGGCAAUCGACCAGCACCAGGAACACCAUGGCCAUUACCAAAACAGCUAAACCAAACAGAGAAAACACUCUUUUUAAAUCCAAUGGAGUUUUAUUUCACUACAAAUGGACGAUUCUGUGAUAUUCUUGACGCAUCUUUAACUCGCUAUCGACCCAUCAUUUUUCAAGAUUUCAACGUAUCAACAGUUGGCUUCUCGGAUAGACCUGAGUUACGAUCAUUAAUGGUUAGAGUUGAUAAUCCUCAAGAGUGUGGCUAUCCUCAAUUGGGUGACGAUGAAUCGUACACACUGGUUAUCCCAAAAAAUUCAAGUCAAGCAAUCCUACAAGCCAAGACAGUUUGGGGUGCUCUAAGAGGUUUGGAAUCCUUUAGUCAACUGGUUUACCACGAUGAUGGAUCAAAUCAGUGUAUUGUAAAUGAAACUUUCAUCGAUGAUUGGCCUGAAUAUCCAUACAGAGGAAUGAUGAUUGACACGGCUAGGCAUUUCAUACCCUUGAAGAUAUUGUUGCUCAAUUUGGAUGCCAUGGCUUACAACAAGUUAAACGUUUUCCAUUGGCAUUUAGUUGAUGAUCAAGCUUUCCCUUUAGAGAGUAAAGUGUUUCCUGAAUUAACAUCAUCGGGUGCUUAUACCUCUAAACAUGUUUAUACACAAGAACAGGUACAAUUGGUCAUUGAUUAUGCUCGAAUGAGAGGAAUCAGAGUUUUACCAGAAAUUGAUUCACCAGGUCACACCAAAGUCUAUGGUAAAUCUCAUCCUGAACUGUUGACUCCAUGUUUUGUUGAUGGUAAAAGUGGUGUUCCCAAUCCUCCUCAUCAUUCGGAUGCUGAUAUACUUAACCCAAUGAGAAAUGAAACUUUCCAGUUUAUGCAUCAACUGUUUGCUGAAAUUAAGAGAUUAUUUAAAGAUCAAUUUAUCCAUUUGGGAAUGGAUGAAGUAUAUUAUGCUUGUUGGACCUCUAAUCCUGAUAUACAGGCUUUAAUGAUCGCAAAUAACUGGACCAAAGUGAAUCAAGUUGAGCAACAUUAUGUCCGACAAACAUUGAAAAACAUCAAAGAUCUGCAAUAUAAAGUGAUGAUGUGGCAAGAUCCAGUGGACAAUGAUGUUGAGCUUUCACCAGAUUCAGUAGUUGAGAUUUGGAAAGAUUCUGAACUUGGGGAAUUUGAAACUUGGGAUAAAUACGCAGCUCCAAUCAUUCGUAAAGGUUAUCGAGUUGUCAUAGCUGCUUGUUGGUACCUAAAUUAUAUAAACUAUCCAUAUCCAGGACAAUUUUGGGAGAAACAUUAUCAAUGCAAACCCCGAGCAUUCACAAAUGACGCCGAUGAGAAGAAGCGAGUUAUCGGUGGAGAAGCUUGUUUAUGGAGUGAAUUUGCUGAUGGCACCAAUAUACUUUCACGAAUAUGGCCUCGAGCUGCUGCUGUAGCAGAAAGACUUUGGACUGAUCCUGUUAAUGAUGACAUUGAUUCAACGAGAUUUAGACUGGAUGAGCAACGUUGCCGACUUUUACAAAGAGGAAUUCCUGCUUCACCUAUUCUUCCUGGUCAUUGUGGUAAACAUGAUUGGGGAUUGGAAACUGUACCACCGAUUUAUCCCGGCGAUAGACUGGCUCCUUGAUAAACUCAAACCAAAUCGAUUGAGUCUGGUGAUCAAUAAUUUUUUAAGCGACAAAUCAAAUUGUAAACCUUUUUUGUUCUCAUAACCAAACAAUUGGUGUCCGAUUGUGUGAUAUUUUUUGACCUUUCUUUUUUUGGUUGCUCUUUCAUGAUUGUUGGUUUCUGAGGCCAACAUAAUUCCAUGUCUAAAUUAAUAAAAAGAGGUUCUUUCAAUAAAUAA